AUGCCCGUCGCGCCGUCGACCGCGGCGGGGCAGCGGCCGAUAAACGCGUUCUUCCGCGUCGGCGCGGGCGUCGCGUCCGAGGCGCUCGCGCCGAGGGUCGCGAACGCGGCGCCCGGCGACGCGAUCGCGUCCGACGUGACGACGACGACGACGACGACGACGAACGAGAAGGAGGAGGACGCGGGCGCGCGCGCCGCGCGCGCGCCGCCGCCGCCGCCGGCGUGGAGCGGCGACGACGACAAACGCGGCGGCGCGGUCGUGUACAAGCGCAGGCGUCGCCGCGUGGACGCCGACGUCGCGGCGACGGAGCGCGCGACGGACGCGGACGCGGACGCGACGACGACGACGACGACGACGACGACGACGACCUCCUCGACGAUCGCGUCGACGUCCGCCGCGUCCGCGCCGAUGAUGAAGCAGCUGUUCUUGGACCUCGGCCAGAAGAACUUCGGGCACGUCACGUGCGCGACGUGUGGGCUGCUGUACGCCAAGGGCGAGCCCGCGGACGAGCGCACGCACGACGCCUACCACGCGCGCUUUCUCGCGUCUCGAGGCGUCGCCGUCGCGGGCGGGGAUCCAUCCGCCGUCGUCGGCGGCGGCGUCGCGUGCCCGAAAAACUGGGGCCUCUCCGACGCCGCGCACGUCUCCCAAAGGAAGGACCGGUGGAUCGUGAAGUGCGUCGCGUCGGACCACGCGAAGCGGUGGGGGAAGGUCAAGGACGUCGCCGCGGAGGUGGAGACGGCGUUGGGGAUGUCGCCCGGUUGGAUCGUCGACGGCGACGGCGAGCGGACCGGCGCCGGCGCGAUUAGCGGGAGAGGGCUGAAGGCGUUUUUGUGCGUAGUCAGAGGCGGGGGUUCGUCGGCAUCGGCGGCGUCGACGGGCGGGGGGGAUCGGAUCGUGGGCGCGCUGUUCGCGGAACCGAUAACGCACGCGAGGCGGACGUUACCGGACGGAGGAGGAGUGAAGACGGAUCGUCGCGGGGAGGACGCGGAGAGAAUGACGACGAAAGCCGCCGAAACUUCCGCGGCGUCCCCGCGCGGCGUCCUCCGCUGCCAGAGGGAGCGCGUCAAGGCUGCCUGCGGCGUGCGCGCGGUGUGGGUCCACCCGGGGCACCGCCGCGAGGGCGUCGCGACCGAGCUUCUCGAGACGGCGCGAAGACGGUUCACCCCAGGGUGCGUGCUGUCGCCGCGGCUGUGCGCGUUUACGCAACCGACGGACGCGGGACGCGACCUCGCGCUCAGGACGUGCGGGGACGAGGACGGAACGUUCUUGGUGUAUUAGCUCGCGGGCGCGUUCGCCGAGGCGGCGCGAGCGCGAUACGAUACGAUAGUCUACCGUAGCGGUUCCGACGCGACGCGACGGCGGGUCCAAAAAUAGCAGAAAAAUGAGAUACGAAACGUCGCGCCUC